AUGGUCUUCUCGAAGCUCAAGGGCGGGAAGCCCAAUCAGGAGGCGACGGCCCACGCCCAAGAGGAAGCUCCCCAGUUCGAGCAUGUCACCUGGUACCAGGACGCAGGUCUGCGCAAGCUGUAUUGGCACGCCUUUAUUCUUUGCGUUGGCUCGGCCAGUACUGGUUACGAUGGCAUGUUCUUCAACUCGGUGCAGAACUUCGACUCGUGGAAGGAUUACUUCGACCAUCCUACCGACCACCUCCUCGGGCUUCUUGCCGCGCUCUAUCAAAUUGGCAGCUUGGGAUCCAUCCCCAUUGUCCCCUAUUUCACCGACCACUGGGGCCGACGACUGCCCAUCGUCAUCGGUGGCGUGAUCACCAUCGCAGGCGCUCUACUACAGGGCUGCUGCCAGAACAUGGGCGGCUUCAUGGGCGGCCGCGUGCUGCUCGGCUUCGGCAACUCGUUCUCUCAGAUGGCAUCGCCCAUGCUGUUGACAGAAAUCGCCCACCCACAACACAGGGCGAGACUUACUACCGUGUACAACUGUCUUUGGAACGUGGGAAGUCUGACUGUCGCUUGGGUGUGCUUUGGGACCGACUUCUUGAACAACCAAUGGUCCUGGCGUAUCCCUGCCAUUCUUCAGGCCCUCCCUUCAGUCAUCCAAAUUGUCGGAGUAUACUGUAAGCUUUUAACAAGUGACACCGAAGAGUCUUUCAACCUGCUGACUUUUGCUCGUCUAGGGGUGCCCGAGUCCCCGAGAUACCUGAUCGCCAACGACAGACUUGACGAGGCACUUACAAUCCUCGCCAAGUACCAUGCCAAUGGGGAUGCGGAUCACCCCACCGUCAAGUUCGAGUAUCGCGAGAUCAGGGACACGAUCAGAAUGGAGCGGGUCGCGAAGGAGCACAGCAGCUAUCUCGACUUCUUCCGGACCCCCGGCAACCGGUACAGGCUGAUGAUCCUGAUCUCCUUGGGUAUUUUCUCGCAGUGGUCCGGAAACGCCAUCAUCUCCAACUACACCAACAUCCUGUAUGAUAAUGCUGGGAUCACGAACUCGACGGCUAAGCUGGGCCUCUCUGCCGGAUCCUCGAUGGUGUCGCUCAUCGUUUCCAUCUCGUUUGCCCUCAUGGUUGACAAGUUCGGCCGCCGUCCGAUUUUCCUCGCCUCGACGGGAGGCAUGUUCGGCACCUUCAUCUUCUGGACCUUGACCUGCGCGCUGUACGAAGAGUACGGGUCCCCCGGCUCGAACCACGCCAUGAUCUUCUUCAUCUGGGUCUUCAACGUCGCCUACGCCAUCGCGUGGUCCGGCCUGCUGAUCGGAUACGCCGUGGAAAUCCUCCCAUACCAGCUGCGAGCCAAGGGUCUCAUGAUCCUCAACAUCGCCAUCCAGUCGGCGCUCACGCUGAACAACUACGCCAACCCCGUGGCUCUGAAGUUCUUUGAGGGGGAGACGUGGAAGCUGUACCUCAUCUACACCUGCUGGAUCUUCCUGGAGCUUUGCUUCGUUUUCUUCAAAUACGUCGAGACCAAGGGGCCGACCUUGGAGGAGCUUGUCAAGGUUAUCGAUGGUCCGGACGCCAACGUUGCCCAGCUCGACAUCCAGCAGAUCGCGAAGGAGGACCAAAUGAACGCCAACCGCGACAGCGAGACUGCCGAGGGCGUCAACACUGUCGACUACACUGCUGACAGCAAGGGAGCCCAGCGGAUUUGA